AUCUCCCUUCAGUUCACUUGUCGGCAGCAGCAGCGGCAGAAGAGUCGUUUCACUGCUCUGAUGCAGAGUUCAACUCCAAACGGAAACAUACGGCGCAAGCCACAAACCGAGGAGGAUGACAAAGAGAAGAUGCGGUGAAGUUGGUUUUCUUUUUACAAGCUGGCCUGGAGUGAACUGAAAGAAAACCAAGAACCCCCUACCUGGAAGACACUGAAGACCUAAGUGGAUUGAAGAAGGCAGAGGCCAGAGUGAGGGAGUCAAAGAGGGGAGGGAAGACAGAAGGGAUUAGCAGCUAAUCCAGUGCACGGACAAUCCUGGAGGAGCUUUAUCGUUCUUCCAGGACGACGCAGACAAAACAUUUGCUGGAUUACAGCGCUUCCCUUUAUUGCCCUUUUCAAGAGCAAAUCACCUUUCAUCUGCUUUCUCUCUGAAUGUUUUUAUUGCUUCUCAAAGAUCUUGAAUCUUGUGUGCAGAACACAGGACAAAGCAGCAAGGCUUCAAGCGUGGGGACAGGAUGUCCAGGGGACAGUGUGGUGCCACACAUGGAUAAAUCUUUUUUAGUGGGAGACAGCGCAUGACGGUGGACUACCACCCACCAUUUUUUUUUUUUUUAAUGCUUGGACACUGAUGACAGUCUUCAUUGAACACUCAAGAAAAAAGGCCUCACUGCCAUGGACCCCGAAGUGGAAUUCAGACUUGAAUGACAUGUAACCGGAGCUCAGACGUCCUCAAUCGAUUGAAAGGGAAAUUAACGCAACUUUUCUUCCAUCAUGAGUCUGGGAAAACUGCCAGGGAUUAAAGGCCUGGUGUCGGGCUCUCAGGGGAAACGUCGUUUCAAGAGCGACCUCUCCGUGGAUAUGAUCGGCCCACCGCUGGGCGACUUCCGACACACGAUGCACGUUGGCCGUGGUGGGGACGUGUUUGGUGACACGUCCUUCCUUAGCAACUAUGGUGGCAUCCGGGAGCCGGGAAGUCCGGACUCGGCAAACAGCUCCAAGACGACCGGGUUCUUCACCCGCACCUUCAGGAACGUACGGAAGAACUCGGGGCCAAGGCCGCGAGGGGGUUCUCGGGACCUGACGUCGCCACCGCCACCAGAUGUCUCGCCCAUCAUCAAGAACGCCAUCUCCUUACCCCAGCUGAACAUGACUGACUCUCCCAAUGGGUGCCUACAGAGGGUGAUGUUCCCCAACUCCAUCAGCUCAACAGACGAUUCCUUCUGCACAUAUGGUCUUCAGUCUGGAUUCGUCACUCUGCCCCGCCUCUCUCGCCUCGACCGUCAGUUUCACGAUGGAGACGUCCGGAAAGGUUCCCUACCAGACGGCGGCGACUUCACGCUGACGCGCUCGGACUCCCUCACCUCGUUCACCGUGGACCUCGGCCCGUCUCUCAUGACGGAGGUGUUGAGCUUGAUCGACAAACCCAGCGGCCUUCAGAUGGCCGGUCUCAGCCGGGCAGCGGGCGAGGAAGAGGAGGAGAAUGAAAACAGCUCUCUGACGGAGACGCCCGUGCCGAGCCCUACAGUCAGUUCACCCAGCCCCUCCAUGAGCGGUGGGUCGCAAACACGGGGGCGCUAUAGUGGCUCCGCUAGGACAGAGCCAGAGGAUGAGAUGAGGUCUCCUAGGACACCUGACGCGUCUCCUGUGUCUCCUCAGAGAGACGAGCCUGUGAUGGAGGCAGAAAGGUUCCAGAGGGCAGCUGAUGUACUGUCUCGUCACUACGGAGGAGGGUCCUUCACAAGGGGAACGAGGACGAGCAGCAGCAGCAGCAGCACGUCCCCAACAUUUUCCCAAAGCCACAAAACACCGUAUGCCUUCACCGAAGAGGAGGAAGAGAUCAAAGUCUAGAUGUUAAAACUUUUAAAGAUGUGUGAUAUUCUUUAUCCCUCCAUGGAAACAUUUCCCCAACUCUCACAUGCAUGGCCACUGAUCAGCUACAAAUAUUAAAGGAUGUCGGUUUGGUAUCUAUACUAGACCUCCGUCAUCACUCUGUACUACUUUAUUUAUUUGAUUCUUCUCGGUAUAUAGACGCCUAACACUAUGUAAUCACGAUGCUCAGCGACAUAUUGUUAUUUGCAGCAAUAACAGAUGUUAAGUCUUUUUUAACAUUAAAGGGUAUUCAUGCAAAA